AUGGCGGGCGAGACCUUCGAGUACGAGUACUUUGGGUAUUCGAACAUGGCUCUGUCGCGACUCGUCCAAACCUGCUACCUGCCCAGUUUCAAGUCUCCGAUCCAGGCAUGCAGCUGGCUCUCAAAGCGUGACACCCCUCUAUUCGACUGGCCAGAUGCCGCCGCCACUUGCGACAAUGCUGCGCUCGUGUAUGUACGUCAGUAG